GUCGCGAGCGGUAAAUGACCAAACCUUCUCAGGGCAUGCAACGUAAGAUAAAAAAUUAUAAAUCAGCUGAUGAUCGAGUGAGCUAAGCGUUGUUGACGGGUGUUUGAAUUUUCACUUUUUUCGAACGAGAACUACCGGUUUGAAUCUGAAAUUGUUGAGAAAGAUAUUAAAGUAAAUGACCGAAAUAGACACACCUCCAUCCUCUCCAAACAUGAAUGGCCAAAUCGAGGAAGAAGAUAUGAUCUAUGUGGGUGAUGUUGAUGAAGUGAUAGAAGCGUUUGAAACAGAAGAAAUUGGAGAUGAGGAUGUGAUGGAACAAGAGCCCCCAGAGCGGGGAGAUGCAUCUUGUCUAUUCACCGGGCAUAAGCGAGGAUCCGUAUUCUGUGGUUUUUUGAGUAAAAAUGGAAAACUGGCUGCCACUGGAGGGGAAGAAGAUAAAGCCUACAUUUGGGACACUACGUAUGGGGAUAUAAUUCUUGACUGCACUGGACAUAAAGAUAGCAUUAUCUUUGCAGAGUUUAAUUUUGAUGAGACUUACCUAGCUACCGGUGACAUGAGUGGUUUGAUUCAAGUUUGGACAGUAGCUGACAAAGCCAAAAUCUGGUCUUACAACAUGGGGGAUGCAACAUGGAUGAAGUGGCAUAUUGCUGCAAAUGUAUUAUUGGCAGGAUCUGUUGACGGAGAAGUAUACAUGUGGAAGAUACCUACUGGAGAUUGCAAAGUAUUUCAGGGGUAUGGUUGCCGAGCAGAGAAUGGUGCAAUAUUUCCAGAUGGCAAGCGUAUUGCAGUUGGUUAUGAAGAUGGAACGAUUAGGACAAUAGAUUUGAAAACAAGUUCUAUCUUGUCUUCGAUUUCUUCCUCCUUGGGUCAUUCGUCUACUAUAACUACUCUUGAUUGUCAUACUGAUAAUAAUUUAGUCCUUUCAGCUGCUACUGAUGGAAAAACUAUAAUCAGUACUUCAAGUAACGGCAAGAUAAUUUCGAUUUUGCAAAAAUUGAAUGUUGGUGACAGAAGUAAUCUUAUGAAUAUCGACCAAGAUGCUGAGAAUAGUGAAGCAAAUAGUGAUAGCAACUGGGUAGAAACUGCAGCAUUCUGUAAGGAUCCUGCAUUCCCAGUUGCUGCAACUGGUACAGUUAAUGGAGAAAUCUUUAUCUGGGAUAUCUCAAAACAGGUACUCAGACAAAAAAUCGAGCAAGAGAGCGGUAUAUCUAAAUUGCUAUGGAAGGGAAAUACGUCUAUCCUGUUUUCUGCAGGAUUAGAUGGUAUUUUGAGGUGUUUCGAUGCAAGAACUGGCCAAUGCCUACAAUCAUUCUCUGGCCAUACUGCUGACAUUCUUGAUUUACAUAUAUCUGAAAAUGGAGAAAAGGCACUAACAACAUCCGAUGAUUCCACAGCCAGAAUUUUUGAUAUUUCAUCUUUAUCAUAACGUAAUCUAUUAUAUAGGGAAAAAUAUAAAAUCUUUGUUAUUAUCUAAGAUCUAUGUACAUUUUAUGAAAGUUGUUCAUAUAUAUAUAUUGUACUUUGUUUUCAUUUUUUAUUAAAAAUAAAAUUUAUUUAUUUUUAGCUUAGA